GGCAGGCUGGGAAGGGGACUCCAAAAUGGACAACCACCGGGAUGCUCCAGGCAAGGCCAGCCGGUGGUUCGGCUCUUCCCAGUCCAAGGCGGCCAAGACGAGCGUGAACAUCCUGCAGCAGGAGGAGCUCAUCGCCCAGAAAAAGCGGGAGAUCGAGGCCCGGCUGGAGCAGCAGGCGAGGCAGAACUCCCUGAGCAUCCCCCAGCUCCCGCUGCUCGGAGACGAUGACGGAUCCGAAAGCGACGCCUCCGUGUCCAACAAGUUUGUGAACGAUGGGAGCUUCCUGCAGCAGUUCCUCAAGCUCCAGAAGGAAAAGUCAAGUGCUGGUAGCCCGCCCCCCAGCUCCGCUCCGGCCCCGAGCAGCGGGAGCAGCGGGAGCAGCGGGAAGCGGCUCCCCGGGAAGCGGCAGCUCCUGAGCCGGAUGCUGCACCAGGCACGGAGCCUCCCCCAGCCCCGGCCCGGGCCUGCCCUGCCCCUGCCCCGCCCCAGCGUCUUCCAGGGCCCCGACGAGGAGGAGGACGAGGACUACGAGCAGUGGCUGGAGAUCAAAGUUUUACCCCCAGAGGAUGCGGAGACCCGGGAGGUGGUGGAAAAGCUGGCCAGGUUCGUGGCUGAAGGGGGCCCCGAGUUAGAGAAGGUCGCUAUGGAGGACUACAAGGAUAAUCCGGCUUUUUCGUUUUUGCACGAUAAGAACAGCAGAGAAUUCCUUUACUACAGAAAGAAAGUGGCAGAGAUAAGGAAAGAGAAUCAAAGUUCUCAGGCAGCCUCUUCCCACAAAGUCUCGCCCCCAGACGACGAAGGGACGAGGGAGUCGGCGGAAAAGCUGGCCAGGUUUGUGGCGGCCGGGGGGCCCGAGGUGGAGGCCAUUGCCCUGCAGAACAACAGAGAGAACCCCGCUUUCAGGUUUUUGUACGAGCCAAACAGCAAAGGCUACAAGUAUUACAGGCAGAAGCUGGAGGAGUUCCGGAAGGCCAAGGCCAGCCCUGGCUGUGCCCCUUUCCCUGGAGAGCCCAGCCUGAAAAGGAAAACCAGCCCUGAGGCCUCCCCCUCCCCGCUGUGCUUCCCCUCCCUGCCUUUGCCCCUUCCCUCCCCGCUGCCUCUGCCCCUUCCCGUGCCCGUUCCCGCCCCUCUGCCCCUUCCCGUGCCCAUCCCCUCGCCCCUGCCCGUCCCCUCCCCUCUGCCCGUGCCCCUGGCAGUGCCCCCAGCCCUCCCUGUGCCCCCCUCCUCCCCCUCACCAUCCUCCUCCUCCACCACCCCCCCUGACCAGACGACCCCCACCACCCCCACGGCCGCUCCGGGCACCACCAAAAAGAAGCGGAAGAGCCGGUGGGGGCCGGAGGAGGACAAGGUGGAGCUGCCCCUCCCACAGCUGGUGCAGCAGCUGGACUCUCCCUCCCCUCUCUCAGUCCAGGACCUGAAGGGCCUUGGCUACGAGAAGGGGAAGCCCGUGGGCCUGGUGGGUGUGACCGAGCUCUCCGAGGCCCAGAAGAAGCAGCUGAAGGAGCAGCAGGAGAUGCAGCAGAUGUACGACAUGAUCAUGAAGCACAAACGGGCCAUGCAGGAGAUGCAGAUGAUGUGGGAAAAGGCCAUCCAGCAGCACCAGCACGGCUAUGACAGUGAUGAGGAGGUGGACAGCGAGCUGGGCACCUGGGAGCACCAGCUGAGGCGCAUGGAGAUGGAUAAGACACGAGAGUGGGCCGAGCAGCUGACCCAGAUGGGCAGAGGGAAACAUUUCAUCGGGGACUUCCUCCCGCCCGACGAGCUGGAGAAGUUCAUGGAGACCUUCAAGGCGCUGAAGGAGGGGCGGGAGCCGGAUUACUCGGAGUACAAGGAGUUCAAGCUGACCGUGGAGAACAUUGGCUACCAGAUGCUGAUGAAGAUGGGCUGGAAGGAAGGAGAGGGGCUGGGAUCAGAGGGGCAGGGCAUUAAGAACCCUGUCAGCAAGGGCACCACGGCUGUGGAUGGGGCUGGCUUUGGGAUCGACCGCCCCGCUGAGCUCACCAAGGAGGACGACGAGUACGAGGCGUUCCGCAAGAGGAUGAUGCUGGCGUAUCGGUUCCGCCCCAACCCGCUGAACAACCCACGGCGACCCUAUUACUGAGGAGGGGCUGGGGCAGGACCUCCUGGGGGGCAGCUGUGCCCUCCUGGCUGUGGAUCCGACGGAGCUGCUCCAUCAAUCCCGUCUUUCCCGCUGUUUCCCAACUGCCCCGAGGCCUCAGCGCCCGCCUCUGUCCCAGAGGGAAGGCCUGGAGGCCCCCCCAGGUGCCACCACAGGGACAGGGAUGGGUUGGGGGGUUUGGGGAGGGAACAUGGAAGGGGCAGCACCAAAGAUCCCCCCCUCCCCACCAUGGAGCAGUUUGGGGGGGACUCCCAUCCAUGGAAUCCAUCCAAGGAAUGUUGGUUGGGGGUUUUUUUUUGUGUGGGAUACCGACUGGUCUCGAAGCUUGUGCUGCUCUGGGGAUGUUU